AUGGCUGAACCGGUUGAACAAGCUAUCGAACGAGCCACUACCGCGACGGAUGAGUCGGCCGCGGCCAUCGAGGUCUUCAAUUCGAUUAAAGUAUCGUUAGCAGAUCUUUGCGCCAAAGGAACAGCACAAUAUGCGCACAAAAACUACGAAGAUGCCGCGGAUCUGUACGCGCGAGCCUCAGAGCUCCAGGCCGAGCUCAAUGGUGAGAUGUCUCCUGAUAACGCAGAGAUCCUAUUCCUAUACGGCCGGUCGUUAUUCAAAGUUGGUCAAAGCAAAAGUGAUGUUUUAGGUGGAAGAGCCGGGGGCGAAAAGAAAAAGCCAAAGGCUGCACCAAAGCCCAAGGCUGAACCCAAGGAGGAACCCAAGGAGGAACCCAAGACUGAGGGCGAGAGGAUUACGGAAGAAGGUGUUGCAAUUACUGCAGAGGAAAAUACAGGGACAAAAUUGGAAGGAGAUGUUGAUGCGAAGAAGCCAUUAUUUCAGUUUACUGGCGACGAGAACUUCGAAGACUCGGGUGAUGAAGUAGAGGGCGAGGAUGGUGAAGGUGAAGAUGAGGAGGAAGAAGACGAUCUUGCAGCUGCGUUUGAAGUGCUUGAUCUCGCACGCGUCCUGUUCAUGAAAAGGUUAGAGCAACCGGAGGAAGAAGGCAAAGGAAAGGAAGUUGGCGACUCGGCGAUGACGAAGCAUUUGAAGGAACGGCUUGCAGAUGCGCACGAUCUCCUUGCGGAGAUUUCUCUUGAAAAUGAGAGGUUUCCGGCUGCUGUGUCGGACUUCAAGGCUUCGCUAUCGCUGAAAAAGGAACUGUAUCCCGAGGAGUCCGAGGUCAUUGCGGAAGCUCAUUAUAAGUUAUCUCUAGCCUUAGAGUUCGCCUCGAAUACAAGUGAAAAGAAGGAAGGCGAUGACUCGACCGCUGAAAAUGAGGUUGAGGAUGGGCAAGCUCUAAGAGAAGAAGCUGCGAGGGAGUUGGAGGCUGCAAUCAAUAGCACGAAUCUCAAGUUACAGGCCAAGGAGGUUGAGCUUGCGUCUUGUUCCUCUCCGGAUGACAAUGAGGUCACCCGAGCCCAGAUUGCCGAUGUCAAGGAAAUCGUUGGUGAUAUGGAAGGUCGCCUCGCGGAAUUAAAAGCUCCUCAAGUCGACGUUGAUGCCAUCAAAAGCACUUUAGGCAUGGCGGGCGGCAAUGCUAUGGGCGGCAUCCUUGGUGCAACCUUAGGCGAAAGCCCCGCUGAAGCAGCCGCUAGAAUCGAGGACGCGAAGAACAAAGCCAACGACUUGACAGGACUUGUUCGUCGUAAGGGCGAGAAGAGUGCAAAGGAUAUAGAGGUUGCCACUGUGCCGGCAGCAAGCACCAAUGGAACGAACGGGACAAAUGGGAAGCGUAAGGCGGAGGAUGAUGCCGAGGUUUCUGAUAAUGCGAAGAAGGCAAAGGUGGAAGAUGCUCCAGAGGACUAG